CAGACUCUUUACUACUUUUUUAAAUCAACAACAACGGUUGAUCCAGUGAGGUCUGUGUGAAUUGGAAAUAAACAAAAAAUUCUUUAGAUAACAGUUAUGACGGCGAGCGUGAAAAUGAUGGAUGAGUGGACAAAAUCGUGGAAAAACUUAGGAUGGCACACCUAUGAGCCAAUGGAUGGCGAAUAUGAAGCCAAAUAUAAACACAUCGACGUAUUGAUGGAAGGUGACUGGAAAAUGGUCUAUACUUACGGAAUGAUGUGGAUGAAGGAACUGAGUACUAGUCUUCACAUUGACUAUAGAUUGGAGUCUUUAGCAGUUGUGUAUGCCAUGCUGAAAGCUUGUGAUCGGCGACUUGUUUCGCUGGAAAGUUGGGGCUCAAUGUUUUGUUGUCCCUCUGGACAUCAACUAAAAACGUUGAUGACUCAAAUAGUGGGCACUAAUGACCCGGAAGCUAUCGAAUGGUUUACAUCGAGCGUCGUCGAUACUGGAAGGCAAAUACUAUUGUCGGCAAGCGAUAAAACUUCAAAAUUUAACGAUGACCUGAUCGAUCCGGACGCAAGAAUUGCUGAAGCUGUUAAAAAGACAUUUUGGCGCAUAGACGAAGGUAUGUUUAGAUCGGCGUUAGUACUCCACGUGUGGCUUCGAUGUGGGCAAAAAAUAUCAGUCGACGAUCCAGCAGUAAUAAUGGGUGCGGCGCAGGCGUCUAUGAUUCAUGAUGCACUUUCGUUGCUAAGAAGCUCAUCGGAAGCACAGGAUAAGUCUCCAGCAUCUGUUUUAAAGGUAAGCAGAGCUGUCUACGGACAAACAAUUUUAAUUUGCACAAAACUGGCUGACAUAGCAAUGCGUAACGUCUGCGAUACUAACACCGUGUGGACGGUGUUAGACAAUUUCAAUUUGGCUCACAUAUCAUUGAACGUUUCGAUGAAAGAGUACGGAGUCGCUGGAAAAAUGCUAAGUCCAAUGAAUUAUUUACUUGAUCCGAAUGGCAUUUGCAUUCCCCAAAUGAAUCAAACUGUUGUCGACUAUUAUUGUGCAGUGGUACGAGCGGCUGCCAGGAACGAAAGUCGAGGUAUGCCUUGGAAAGGUAAUGUUCAUGGUAGUCUACGAUGGCUUGAUGAAGCGAGUCACAUAGUUUCAAGCAUUAUAAUGGAACCAGGUCGUCCAUCUCAAAUUUGUUCGAAAAUAAUAGCUCAGUAUGCACGUCUGAGCACUUCUAUUGGUCUUGAACUUUCAAAGGUCACGGCAGGGACAUACAUCGCUUUUAAGGGCUAUUACUGUUCAACAGUAUGUUUUCCCAAGCAUUUUGAUAACAGAUUUGUGGAGGCAGUUGCAGUUCUAUAUGCUAAACUUGAAAGUGGUGCUAGUAUGAGGGACGCAGGUGCGAGAAUACCAGGGAGUGGAGUUACGAUACCGCAGGGUCUUGUUGAAAAGGCAUGGAAUACUAUUGUCAGUAUAACUUCAUGUAAUGAACGUCGCCUGAAACUACUGAAGGACGCAUAUGACCAAAGUUGUUUAAUACGUUCAACGGAUGGGGUCAGAAAUAUAUCCAAAGCUGCACAAGAAUAUUUCAUUAAAUCAGGUACAGAUAUAGUCCCAUCACCUUAUUACAGUAAGUAUAUCGAGAUGCGGUUAAUAGAUGGGUACUGGCAGUUCGCCACCAUGCUUAAUUUGCUUUACGAAACGGGAAGGCCUGAGGAUGUGCAAUCUCCUUCCAUCAGGAAAUUGCAUGAAGCUUCAGUUUUGCGUACAGAUGAAAGCUCUUGGAUUCGAAGAAUAGUGGACGAUGAAGGAUGUGGUUACUGGUCGUGUUUGGGUAGAGAUGAAAAGAAAGCUCGGGAAUUUGGAAGACACAGAGCAUGGAUGCUCUAUAGGCAAGGUUGGGAUGAAUUCUCCGAAAAUUAUGGAAACUUCGUAGCUGUUUAUCUUGGGAAAGUCGAAUUCAGAUACGACUUCGCUGGAUUGCCAGGAUCAGCUCCGUGGUUCGCUUUUCAAAAUUUGAUAGAAUGAAGCUAAGUUAAUAUUUUUUGUGACCCAUUAUGUAUUUUAAAGAUGCGUAAAUGCAGU